AUUAACGCUGAGUUAUUGUUUAUUUCAUUUGCACUCAAUGCCGCCAUCUAGUGAGAGAAACGAAGAAGACAAUCCUAGUUUAAAAACUGCAGUCAUUCUCGCGUCUCCUUCAACCGCCUCUCCUUUUUCCUUUUUUCCUAUAGUUUUCACUGAUGGUUUGAAGUUGAACAAAACUUGUUGCGAUAUGGACAAAAGACCAUGACGCAAAGGUCAUGUGACACUCAGCCUUACGUGUCUGUAUUGUUGUCUUAUUUUGGUUUAUGUUCUUCAGGUUAGAACCCUGUGCUUUAAUGCUCUUAUCGUUUUAAACUGGCUCUUUCACCAGAGUUGUUGCGAGAAUUAUUUAAAAACAUGGCUCCCCUCUAACGUCACAAGGAACAGCUUCUUCCCCUCCUGAUUUUAUUUUUAUUUUUUCUGUCAGCACUUUAUUCCAAAACACUUUCCUAGUUGGUGGGCUCCCCACUGGCCAUGGCAAUAAAUUAAAUUCUGAUUCUGAUUCUGAUAAAACAAACAAACAAACAAAAAAACUCCAGUGUUGCUGAAGUACCAUUCAAUUCCACAAGGGGGCGGUGUUUUUAACCUCCCUGGAGACCUGUCAAGGGGCGGGGCUUCUCGACUCGGUUCUCAUGUCCCUGUUUGAGUUGUAGUUUCUGGGACUCGAACCACCUGUAUCGCCUCGUGCUCCACCCUUGGUGUCACGCAUUACUAUUAUUAUUCGUAAUUUAUUCACUUUUCGACGGCGUUUUUGGGACAUGCUCGCCUGGACAUUGAAGGCAGCACACAGACGCACGGGGCUGCGUGUCGUUCAGGGACCGCAGCUGAAGCACCGCGGGCAUCGAGCUGUUUUGGCGCAGGAAUGAGUCGAGAAGCAGACACUUGUCUGGGUUUGUCAGCUGAACCGAGCCGGCUGACUUUUUGACACCAUGAGCGAAGGGGUGACCAGGAGGCAGAAAGGAACCCGUGUGCAGGACUUGCAGGAGCGAUGGAGUGCUGUCCCAGUUCGAGAGGACGAUGGUGGACGACCAGGUGCUCUCAAGAGGUUCAGUGCCAUGUGGUCGUCCUUCCGCAGAGGCAGGAAAGGAGGGAAGGACUCUGAACACACAGAAGCUCCAAGUCUGUCUGAGCCGGAGAGCAAGUCCAGGGCGCCCCGCUAUGCCAGCGGACAGUAUUUCUUCGAGUACCUGGUGGUGGUCAGCCUGAAGAAAACAAAAGAUGGCAGCAGUUAUGAGCCUCAGAUCUCUUACCAGUUCCCCAAGAGAGAUGGGAUGGCCAAGUUUCAAAAGGAAGAGGAGGAGAAGACACUAAAGGCUAUCACACUCUUCUGUUUUCCUGAAGGUGUCAACUGGGCCCCACUGACUGAAUAUCACAGCGAGACUUUUUCAUUCGUGUUGACGGAGAUUGAUGGCAGCAGGCGAAACGGAUACUGCAGAAGACUCUUGCCAGGAGGCAAUGGAGCUCGUCCGCCAGAAGCCUACUGCAUCAUCAGCAGCCUGGCGUGUUUCGGGUUGUUCUCCGAGAUCUUCGACGAGGUGGAGAAGCGCCGGCAGAUCUCCAUGGCGAUGAUCUACCCAUUCAUGCAGAAGCUGCGGGAGGCUCCGUUCCCCGCUCCAGGAAACACAGUGGAGAUUAAGAGCUUCAUUCCUGAGUCGGGCACCGAGAUCAUCCGGCUCACGCGGCCGCUGGACUCCUGGCUGGAGCACGUCGACUUUUCCGUGCUCUUCAGCUGCCUCACUGACCAUGAAGUCUUAAUGGUGUUCGCUGCUGCCGUUCUCGAGAGGAGGAUCAUCUUCAUUGCAGAGGAGCUAGGCACUUUAUCUCAGGUGAUCCAUGCAGUGGCAGCCCUGCUCUACCCGUUCACCUGGCAGCACACCUUCAUCUCCAUAGUUCCUCGAAUCCUGAUCGAUGUCGUGAGUGCACCCACCCCCUACCUGCUGGGGGUCCAGAAGUGCCUCCUGGACCAGGUCACUGACCAAUAUGAUGUGAGUUCUUUUAGAGAUUAUUCGGGUUUGAGUGGAGCUAAAAGGUUUUCUGUGUCUCAGCUGCUGCUGGUGGAUCUGUCUGAAGACAAGAAGAAAACUUUCCUGGUCACCAUCGGAGAUGAGGAGUCUAUUCUGCCUCCAAAGCUGCAGAGUGAAAUCCUCCAGGCUCUGAGCGACAGACAGAAAGCAACCACACCUGAGGAGCUGAAUCGGGUGGUGUCCGAGGCUUUCCUGCAUUUCUUCGUGAGGACGGUCGGCCACUACAUGUCAUACGUGAAGCCCAGUUCAAGUGGGAGCGGAAGAGUGUUCGAGAAGAGGAGUUUUUACAAAGCUAUCGAGUCCAAGACGACGCGACAUUUUGUCAAGAAGUUCAUCCAGACGCAAAUGUUUGACUUGUUUAUCCAGGAGGUGGAGCAGCAGCAGGCUGGGCCGCAGCAAGGAAUAUUUCACCAGAAGAUUGUGGAGUAUGAGAAGAAGAAAAAGGACAAGACGAGGAAACGUUAGCCUUUUGUCUGGAAGUCACGAGAAGCUGAAUGUUUUGAGGUUUUAUUACUGCUGUUUUUAAUUGUUCCAUGUUUGACUUGAUGUGUUGGUGUUGUUGCUGCUACCGCGUGCGAGAUACUGUCAAUGAUGUCACUGAUGAUCAGGAAAAUCAUUUCAAAUAAAUACUUGUUUUAAGUCA